AUGGAUGUAAGGAACCACUCAGCAGUAACUGAAUUCAUUCUCCUUGGAAUCCCACACACACAGGGGCUGGAGACAAUGCUUUUUUUCUUAUUCUUGCCUUUCUAUGUCUGCACUCUCUUGGGAAACUUGUCCAUCCUUGUGAUUGUUAUUUCCUCUACACGCCUUCACACACCCAUGUAUUUCUUCCUGGGUAACUUGUCUGUGUUUGACAUGGGAUUCUCCUCUGUGACCUGUCCCAAAAUGCUGCUCUACCUUGUAGGACUGAGCCAGCUCAUCUCUUACCAAAACUGUGUCACCCAGCUCUUCUUCUUCCAUUUCCUCGGGAGUGCUGAGUGCUUCUUUUUCACUGUGAUUGCCUAUGAUCGCUUUGCUGCCAUCUGUCACCCUCUGAGGUACACAGUCAUCAUGAACUCCAGAGUCUGUGUGACCCUGGCUGUGGGAACAUGGCUUUUGGGUUGCGUCCACUCGAGCAUCUUGACCUCUCUCACCUUUACCUUGCCAUACUGUGGUUCCAAUGAGGUGAAUCACUUCUUCUGUGAUAUCCCUGCCCUCCUGCCUUUGGCCUGUGCGGAUACAUCCGUGGCACACAGGGUGAGUUUCAUAAACGUUGGCAUAGUGUCCCUUGUCUGCUUUCUCCUAAUCCUAGCAUCCUACACUCGAAUCACGGUCUCUAUUUUGAGCAUUCCCACAAGGGAGGGCCGGCGCCGGGCCUUCUCCACCUGCAGUGCCCACCUGAUCGCCAUCCUCUGUGCCUAUGGGCCCAUCAUCACCGUGUACCUGCAACCCACACCCAACCCCAUGCUGGGGACUGUAGUCCAAAUCCUGAUGAAUCUGGUAGGACCGAUGCUGAACCCUCUUAUCUACACCUUGAGGAACAAGGAGGUAAAGACGGCUCUGAGAAAACUACUGCACUGCUCCGGAGAAGCAGAUGGAUGA